UCAGGAAGAAGAAAGCUGGGGAAAAGCUGCGUCUGAAAAGAAGCUAUUUCCUUCUCGAACACCCGAGCGGUCGCUCUUGUUACCCAAGGACAGUAAUUUUGCCGCACGGAGAGAGGGAAACUGAGGCUGAGACAGUCAGUAACUUGCCGAAAAUCACAAAGCUAAGAAGUGUUCAGGAAUUCAAACCCAGAUCUGAUCAAGUCAAGGGCCUUCCCACCUUCUGGAGAAUGGCUUCUGCUUGGAGGAGACUGGGUUUCUAUGUCUGUUUCCUGAAAAGCAAGCUAAAUGGUGGGCCAGAUAUCAUCAGCAGAGGAAGGAGAGUAAUCCCGGGAUGUGCCAGAGGUAUUUACAGUGCCACGGGGACGUGGACGAAAGAGUACACGUUGCAGACGAGGAAGGAUGUCGAGAAUUGGUGGCAUAAACGAAUAAAAGAAGAAACCUCCAAGAUAUCAGAAGCUGAUAAAUCAAAGCCCAAGUUUUACGUGCUUUCCAUGUUCCCUUACCCUUCCGGAAAGUUGCACAUGGGCCACGUGCGCGUAUACACCAUCAGCGACACCAUUGCACGGUUCCAGAAGAUGAGAGGGAUGCAGGUCAUCAACCCCAUGGGAUGGGAUGCGUUUGGACUGCCUGCUGAAAAUGCAGCAAUCGAGCGGAAUCUACAUCCAGAAAGUUGGACGCAAAGUAAUAUUAAACACAUGAGGAAGCAGCUUGACCGGCUGGGCCUGUGCUUCAGCUGGGAUAGGGAAAUAACUACAUGUUUGCCAGAUUACUACAAGUGGACUCAGUACCUCUUUAUUAAACUCUAUGAGGCUGGACUGGCCUAUCAAAAGGAGGCCUUGGUCAACUGGGACCCAGUGGAUCAAACGGUGCUUGCCAACGAGCAGGUGGAUGAGCAUGGCUAUUCGUGGCGUUCUGGAGCAAAGGUGGAACAGAAGUACCUCAGACAGUGGUUUAUUAAGACAACUGCUUAUGCAAAGGCCAUGCAGGACGCUCUGGCAGACCUUCCAGAAUGGUAUGGAAUAAAAGGCAUGCAGGCCCACUGGAUCGGGGACUGUGUGGGCUGCCAUCUGGACUUCACAUUGAAGGUGGACGGGCACGUCACGGGAGAAAAGCUGACGGCCUACACGGCGACCCCCGAGGCCAUUUACGGCACCUCCCACGUCGCCAUCUCUCCCAGCCACAGACUCCUGCACGGGCACAGCUCUCUGAAGGAAACCUUUCGGAAGGCACUCGUCCCUGGCCAAGACUGCCUCACGCCCGUGACGGCCGUGAACAUGCUCACCCAGCGGGAGGCCCCUGUCGUUAUCUUGGCCAAAGCUGACUUUGAGGGCUCUCUGGAUUCCAAAAUAGGAAUUCCCAGCACCAGCCCAGAGGACGCCAGCUUAGCCCAAACCCUGGGCCUCCCCUACUCCGAAGUCAUCGAGACUUUGCCGGAUGGCACAGAGAGACUCCGCAACUCUGCUGAGUUCACAGGCAUGAACCGCCAGGAUGCGUUUCUAGCCUUGACCCAGAAAGCCCGGAGGAAGAGAGUCGGUGGAGACGUGACAAGUGACAAACUGAAGGACUGGCUGGUCUCGCGACAGCGGUACUGGGGCACGCCCAUCCCCAUGGUCCACUGCCCGGCCUGUGGCCCCGUGCCGGUGCCUCUGCAGGAUUUGCCCGUGACCUUGCCCCACAUCACAGCUUUUACCGGCAAGGGAGGCUCCCCCCUGGCCACGGCUUCGGACUGGGUGAACUGCGCCUGCCCGAGGUGCAGGGGAGCCGCCAAGAGAGAGACAGACACAAUGGAUACCUUUGUUGAUUCUGCUUGGUACUACUUUAGAUAUACCGACCCGCAGAAUGCUCACAGCCCUUUUAACGCCGCCUUGGCAGAUUACUGGAUGCCUGUGGAUUUGUACAUCGGAGGGAAGGAACAUGCUGUCAUGCACUUGUUCUACGCGAGAUUCUUCAGUCAUUUUUGCCAUGAUCAAAACAUGGUCAAGCACAGAGAGCCUUUCCAUAAGCUGCUGGCCCAAGGCCUUAUCAAGGGGCAGACAUUCCGCCUGCCAUCUGGACAAUAUCUACAGAGAGAGGAAGUAGAUCUCACAGGGUCUGUUCCUGUUCACGCAAACACGAAGGAGACGGUGGAGGUGACGUGGGAGAAGAUGAGCAAGUCCAAACACAACGGGGUGGACCCCCAGGAGGUCGUAGGGCGUUACGGCAUCGACACCAUCCGGCUGUACAUCCUCUUCGCCGCCCCUCCCGAGAAGGAUAUCUUGUGGGAUGUGAAGGCUGACGCCCUCCCCGGGGUGCUAAGAUGGCAACAGCGUCUGUGGGCCUUGGUGACCCGCUUCAUCGAGGCCAGGGCUUCUGGGACACUUCCCCGGCCCCAAGUGCUGAGUAACGAGGAGAGAGCCGAGGGCAGGAAGCUCUGGGAGCACAAGAACUCGGUCAUCUCUGAGGUGACCGCCCAUUUCACAGAGGACUUCUCACUGAACUCGGCAAUCUCUCAGCUGAUGGGAUUCAGCAAUGCCCUCCUGACUGGAGUGCCACCAUCUCGCCAGGCUGGUUUUUAUCGGGACUCGCCCAGCGUGCCUCGACAACCGCCAGCCUCUGGGAAACUCAGUGAUGUCCUUCCCACAGCCACGUCGGGAUGGCCCCUCUCCUUCCCCGCCGUUCUUGGACCACACUCGCCACAAGCCUCGCAGAGAGUCGUUCUCCACAGCCCCGAGUUCGAGGACGCUGUGUGUGCCCUGACCGUGAUGGCUGCCCCGAUGGCCCCUCACAUCACCUCGGAGCUCUGGGCAGAUCAGCUUCCAAAAAUUCUCUGGAGCGCUGGCGAAGCUGCUCGGACGAGAGCAUCUGUCACGAUUCCCGGUGUUUUGCAAGGACUUUGCAGUGCCUCUGUGGUAAACUCAUCCCGCAUGCUGGAACAGCCCCGCCUGGGCCCACUCCGUCCCCCGGAAAUCCUGAGUGACACCCUCGCUGAGCCUUGGCUGCCUCGAGGGCCUGCAACAGGUGCCCGGGAAGCUGUGUGCCCACUAUGCCUGGGACGCCGGCGUGCUGCUUCAGGCGUGGCCGGCCGUGGACCCGCAGUUCCUUCAGCAGCCCGACGUCGUGGAGAUGGCCGUCCUGGUGCUCGUGUCGGGAUCACCGCUUCACACAGUCAGGGCAUUGACGGAAGGGGACGUGGGACCUUGGCCGUAAAGAGGAGCAGCAUUUCCCUAGUGCAGAAGAGGAUGCCUGCUAGGCAGAAGCAAAGGGGGGAGCGCCCUCAGGGACAUUGGGACGAUCAACAACAAAGCCUGCGGCACAAUCCCCGUGCCCCAGCGAGUCUCGCGGGACCAGGACAAAGUCCACGAACUCGUCCUCCAAAGCGAGCUGGGUGUUAGGCUCUUGCAGGGGCGAAGCAUCAAGAAAACGUUCCUCUCCCCCAGAACGGCCCUCAUCAACUUCCUGGUGCAGGACUGACGGCAGGGAGGAGGAAGGGGUAGGGGUAGGGGGGCGCUGGCCCAGGGUGGGGAAACGACGGAUGUCUUGAACGCUCACCGUCGUCCUCUGACGGACGGGUACGGGUGGCGAGCCUCUGUGGCGGGGCCUGGUGCAGGGGUGGGGAUGGGUGUGGGCAGAGCAGAAGGACUCUCGAAGGCGGAGGGGUGGGGCAGCCCCUGCAGGUGGAGGAAGCCAUCUGACCUCGCCCGAAGCCACCAGAGGUACGGCCGGGUGUCUGCAGGAAGGCGAGAAGAGAAGUGAGAACGCACGUGUGCCUCUCGAGCAGCCUGGGAGCUUCUGACCCCCAGAAACUGCACGGCCUUCGACACACCCCGGGAACGGGAGGGCGAACUGAGGACCCACGCACGGCAUUUGGGUCGUGUCCAAAUGCCCAGAUUGUGGCGUGGACGCCGCGGUCUUCAGAAGCCGCUAGGAGCCAGAAGGCAAGCGGGGCGGGUCCCUCUACAGGUGUCCCCGCCUCCUGGGGUGAAGCACCACUUCCUACCCUCUCUCGGGGUGUGACAUUUGCUGCGCAGUGAGGCGGGACCACGCCGGGUGGGACCUCAGAUGGAAGCAAUCGCGGGGUCUACCGCGGCCCCGCGCGGUGUCUGCUCAUGUGGGCCCCAGAUGCCGCCACCGCCGUCGAUGUGGCCCCCGGAGCCCAUCGUGAGAAGCGCGAGCUCGCCGCGGAGGAGUGGCCCAGAGCCACCGGGUGUUGCCUUCUUGUUCAGGCCGCCACCGUCUGGCAGCCGGGGAGGCGGCUGGGGACGGACCCCUCUCGCCGGUGUCAUUAGGAUAACCGGGUCCUAUGUGAUGUCAGCAGUUGGGUGCUCUGAGCAGAAGUGGCCGAAGCCACUGAUUAACAUUUAAUGGGGAAGUGGAGCAGAAUCUCGCCAUUUUGUGAUCCUGAAAAUCUGUAUUUGUUUUCUGAUGCCAUUUUUCUGAGGUAACCUCAGAUGAGGUAGCCUGCAGUUGAACAGCUGACAGAUGACUUUUUUUUUUUUAACGUAAUAAAAUGUUUGUCAUGUGCGA